AUGGCUUCGACGCCUCCGCCGCCGGAGCGCAUCCAUACCCCUCCCGCGCCGCAUCUUGGAUCUCGCUACGAUGACUGGGAGCCCUACUCGCCGCCGCGUCGCUCCAGCCGCGUCGCUGCCCAGCGUUCGCGACAUGCCCUUGGCCAGCAGUCACAAGACCUGGACAUCUCUAAGAAGCGCCCGGCCCCCCGGUCUACUCGCGCCUUCACACCGACUGGAAGCGGCGACCUGCCGGCCCCCACCUCUAGCUUCGCAACCUCGCCGCCUUCCUCACCCUCCUCACCUCAGAAGCGCCCCAGUGUCAAGAAGAGCGCCCACAGGGUCAUGUUCGAUGAUCAGCUCCUGACCUCUGACAACGAUUCGGACCCUUUUUUCACCAGCUCCAGGGAUUCCUUGGGUGGCGUUUUCCCGACUCCCUCCAAAACCCCCAGCAAGAAGGAUAAGGCGAGGCCCAUCUCCGCAUUUGCACAGACCGCGCGCAUCCUUUUCCACGAUCGCCCGGCCAACAUCGAAGACGCCAUGCCUUCGCCUCGCAAGAACCGCAAGAACAAGAAGCACACCUCCUUCAGCUUCAUGGAUGAGUGUGACGAUGAUUCGCACGAGAAGAUCGAGAUCUACACUGACUUCCGUGAGCGCGUUCCAAGCUUUGACGAGGAAGAAGACAAUCCGUUCAUCACCAAGAAGCCCGAUGAGAAUGAUGAGCCUCAUGCGGGCCCGAGCACCUCGCCUCGCGUUUCAAAGCGCCGCCUGACGAAAGAGGAAGAGGAGAUGGACCGUAGGGCCCGUGACGGUGAAGGUUUCAUUUCAGUCUUCCGUGGAAAGAAGAUAUUCACCGAGUUCAAGGAAGGCUCUGACGACAGCGGCUCAGACUCCGACAACCUGGCCAGCAGCCCUACUCGCCGCGCAGUUGGCUCCAUGGCUCGCCGUCGUGUGACCCGUUCUUCCAUUCAGCCACGCCUUCUCUUCCCUACAGGGGAGCAGAAACGUGCCCGCGAAGCUGCUGCUGCCUCGAAGGCUGCGGAAGAAGACUCUACUGACGUUGAUGCCUCCGUUCAACUCACCACUCCUCGCAAGCGUGCUCACAAGGCUCGUGCUCCGCGCUCUGCUCCUGUUGAGGCGAGAGAUGCCACACCCGAGCCUGCUCCCGAAAGCACCCCUAAGACAGUUGCAAACACCACUACACCUGCCACGCAGCGCUACUUCGAACCAGUUACGCCUCCGCCAUCUAGGACCACACGCGCAUCAGCAAAGAAGGAUGCGAACGUUGAACCGCCACAGAACCCUGCUGAUGGAGAGGCUGCUUUUGAGGAUCUCUACGUCACCCCUGGAAACACGCCUCGAGAUUUUGUCCGUUCUGGUUAG